AUGGGCAAGGGUGGUGGUGCCAGCGGACGGACUCGGGCAGCGGGUGGCAAGAAGGGCGUUCAAAAGGAUGAUGACCUGAAGGAUACCAUGCACAAGCUAGCAGUUGAAACCACAAGUAAGCUCGACGGGGGUGCCGAAGAGCGCCUGAUGGACUGGGUGAAAACUCACCCAAAGGGUGCCAACUACUUGUGGCAGCAGGUGUCGCUUGGUGCUUUCAACUACCUCGACGACCCCAGCAGUGGACAGGCCAAGGACGAUGCUCGUCUUCCCGGCUGGUUGAACAAAUUCAAUCUCUUGGAUGUGCCCCGGGUCGUCCCCAUGCUUCAGUCUCUCAUGCCAAAGGCUGCAGAAUGGCUUGGCAAUGUGAAAAAGGGCAAGAAGGCGAAAUGGUCUCAGGUGCUGUGUUUCAUACUUCACACGGAGGCAACCUCGGCCCUUCCGACGAAGCGUGUGGACGCGUUGAAUGAGUGGGUGCAGAAGAGGCAUGAAUCCUGCGGCCACCGAUUGAAGGAUUGGGAGCCGCCGCGGCCCAACUACAGCUUGGAUGAUCUGCUCAACGACGAGUGCAUCUUCUGGAGCCUGAAGAAGGGCUCGGGCGACUCCAGCAUCAAGCUGCACUUCAUGGAUGAGCGGAGCUACUCCCUUCCGCCUGAGAUCCCGGAGACGGCUACGCUGCAGAAUGGUGGUUCUGCGCAGAGGGCUACGAUUGUCCAUGGCGUGUUCGAGAUUGGUGUGCAGAAAGUGCUCAGCCACGAAUGCAACAAUGGAAGCGAGCCAGUGACGGAGUUGUUUUGGUUGGAGUCCGUGCCAACAGAUGCUGCCGCUCCCGAGAAGCCGGUGUUCACGACUCCGACAAAGAGCACUCAGGGCACCGGUGCUGACAGCGAGAAAGGCACUCCGACUCCGGCCAGCACUCCGACUCCGGUCACACCUCCACCUCCACCUCCCGGCUUCGGCAGCUCGUUGGGCCUCUUGGCGGGAGCGGAGAAGAAGAUCCGAGCUUUGCAACAGGGCCAAUCGAUGGAUCCGGUGGUGCGGGAGCUGGAAACGCAUCUGCGAG